GAGAGAGAAGAUCUCAAAAGACGCGAGAAAUUAGGACGCCAAAAAGAGGAUGACAGCGCCAGAGGAGGGAUUUGUAGUCUGGGGAAGCGUCGGACUUUAGGUGUGUGCGCGCCUCCUAAAGGGGAGCUGGAGAGGAGAGUGGAGAGGAGAGGAGCGGUAAGUGAGCAGAAACCCUUCAAAACACCUGCCUCAAGACAGGUACCUGUGGAGGAAUCGAGAAGACCACAGGAACGCAGCGCCUCUACUGAGAAACGUUUUUCAGAAGCCCUCAUUGUGCAUCACUUUAAAUGCCUGAUGUCAAACUUUUUACAUACUUUAACUAAUCAGAACACUUUUUGGGACUGUUAAAAGCAAUAUCCACUUUGUAGUUUAACUUCUAAUAAAUUAAUCUUUUAACAAUAACAAUCCAAAUACCUCAAACGUGCACACUUUAAGUCUAUUUUAAAAUACCAGCACUAGUUAUCCAUGAUUGGGUAUGGACCAAGAUCUGACCCUCAUUCAGUUGCUGUCACACACCUGGAACCGGACUGUCAUCCUGAGCCUCUGAGCUCCAACCCUCCCCAAUGAAGCAGUUCUGGUGGGCCCGCCUGGCACCGCUCGGCCUGCUUGCUGCUUGUACCUGCCUAGGCGUGGUCCAGGGAUGCGGACCCGGUCCUGGGUACGGCACGCGUUCCAGGCCCAGGAAGCUCACACCUAUGCGCUACAAGCAGUUCUUCCCCAACUUCUCUGAGAACACCCUCGGGGCCAGUGGCAGGGCCGAGGGCAAGAUCUCACGCAACUCUGAGCGCUUCAAUCAGCUGGUGUGCAACUACAACCCAGACAUUGUCUUCAAGGACGAGGAGAACACAAGCGCAGAUCGGGUCAUGACUAAGCGAUGUAAGGACUGUUUGAACAGGUUGGCCAUUGCUGUGAUGAACCAGUGGCCAGGGGUGCACCUGCGCGUGACGGAGGCCUGGGAUGAAGACGGCCACCACCCUCAGGGCUCUCUGCACUACGAAGGCCGGGCCGUGGAUAUAACCACAGACGACAGAGAAACGAAGAAGUACGGCAUCCUGGCCCAGCUGGCUGUAGAAGCAGGAUUUGACUGGGUCCAUUAUGAGUCCAGAUAUCACAUCCACUGUUCAGUCAAAGCAGAUAAAUCUGAAGCAGUGGAGAGGGGUGGGUGUUUCCCAGGCUGGGCCCGGGUGACGGUUGCUGGAGGAAGGCAGAAGACUCUGUCAUCACUGGCCUCUGGCGACCGGAUCCUGGCUCUGUCUGGGACAGGCCAGGUCGUGUACAGCCAAGUCCUCUUGUUUCUGCACCGGGACCAGGAAAGCCAGUCUGUCUUUCUGUCUCUGGAGGCAGACGGUGGCAACCGACUGGUCGUGACUCCACAUCAUUUAGUGUUUUUAGACCCCGACUGUGGACGCGAUGCUAAUGAGUAUCGGGCUGAGUUCGCGAGCAGAGCCAGAGUCGGUGACUGCGUCCUCAUCGGCACACCGGGGGGUCAAACAGAAACAUCCCGAAUCGUAUCUGUCUCUCUUACUGAAAGUGUGGGAGUGUUUGCGCCCCUCACUGAAGCUGGAACUUUGUUUGUUGACGGGGUGCUUGUGUCCAGCUACGCACUGCUGGAGGACCACGACCUUGCACACUGGGCAUUUGGACCUUUACGGCUUCUCCAUUCACUGAACCACUUUUUUGGGGGGGAAGACGUAAAAGGGAAGCAAAUAGCUGGCACUAAGAGUGCAACACAGUUUGGCACAACAGAAAAAGUGAGUAUUCACAAACAAAACAAUCUCAGUGAACCUCUUCGAAUGAAAGAUCAAGAGCAGUGCUCCUUGAAGACAUCAGAAAUACACUGGUAUGCUAGAUUACUCUACAGAUUUGCAAGCAUCUUCUUGGACUCCAACAUUUUCCAUGCUUAAAAGUUGAAACAUACUGCAGGCUGUACCUGAAGUAAAGCUGCUGUUUGUUUCCUUCAGAUAAGAAGGAUGUGAGAAUCUGGAAUUGCUGGUUGGCUUUUUACACUACUGUCUGUAUGCUAAUAUACUGUCAAUGCAUAACAUAAGGAGUCUGUAAGAUAUGUUGAAUAAUGAAAUUAUUGGUCAGAAAAGAUUAAAACCAAAUAUUACUGUAUGUCAGUCAGUAUUUGUACAGCUGUUAUUUCUUUUUGCAGUAAAAAAAAGAAAAAUAUGAUGGGAUAGGAAUGAAUUCCCUGUACAACAGAAUCUUUAUUUUUGUACUUCAUGAAUCAUAAUAUAGAGAGGUUGCAUUUUAUCAUUGCUAUAAUUCUACAACUUGUAUUGUAAGCACUGACUUGGUAUCAUAUCACCAAAUGAAUAAAAAUGUAAUUCCAUAAGUGCAAUAUUUGUGUUUUCUUUAGCUUCUGCACUUAUUAAAGUAAUUUCUCUUUGACUUGUUAAGCAAAAUGUUGCU